AGUCUUAAUUUUCUUAGGAUUUUUCUAGACUCCAAAAAUAUCCUCAAAACAUGGGUGCACUCACUUUCACAGAAGAAUUCUCUAGCCCUGUCACGGCGAAGAGAAUGUUCACAGCUUUAGUCCUGGAGGCUGAUGCCCUUAUCCCCAAGCUCAUGCCUCAAGCAAUCAAGAGUAUUGAAACAACUCAUGGUGAUGGUGGUCCCGGCACCAUCAAGACCUUAACCUUGGCUGAAGGUGCUCAGUUCAAGAAUCUGAAGCAUAGGGUUGAAGCCAUAGACAAAGAGAAUAUGAGAUAUAGUUAUUCAAUGCUUGAGGGAGAAGCCUUGAUGGACAAGGUUGAAUCAAUCAUUUAUGAGAUCAAGUUUGAGCCUUCUUCGGAUGGUGGGUGCAAGGUAACAAACAUCAGCAAGUACAUUCUGAAACAGGGAAUGGAUACCCCGGAAGAAGAAAUCAAGGCUGGAAAGGCAAAGGCCAUGGCUGUCUUCAAGGUUGUGGAGGCCUAUCUCCUGGCAAACCCUGAUGUCUGUGUUUAAAUAUCAUUUCUCUUUUACUUCAGCUAUUGCUGUUAUGUGGUUUCUGUGUGUUUCAUAUACCAUGGCGAAAUGAGUACGUUUGGCCUCAUUAAAUAAAACUCUACUACAUUU